GCUGUGAGGGGAGGCUUUGGCCAGUCUCGAGCGGGCCGCGUCGUUGCUCUCUAGCCCCAAAGGAAAAGAGGGGCCUGUGGGGAGGUGCCUUCCCCGCCUCUCGCCCUCCCGGCCUCGCUGCCUGGCUUUGGGAGAGCCGUGUCCUGCCCUGCCUGAGAUCGGGACCCUCUGCUCGCCUCACCUCCUCCUUCAGGGCUCAAGGAAGGCUUUUAAAAGAGCUGUUAUGAGUGGGAACCUGGGGCUCUCCGUUCGUUGUGACUGCCGUAAGCUUGCUUCUCUUGUGUCUCCCACCGCUGUUUUAAGGACUCCUGGGAGCACUGCGGAACUACAGAGUGAAAACAGUGUGGGUGGAAGUUUUCUCAGAUUCUUGUCCUUGUACUACUAAAAUUAUCGCUAACUAAAGAUGCAUCCAGACCUGUCUCCUCAUCUGCACACUGAAGAAUGUAACCUAAUUAUCAGUCUGCUCAAGAAGUGUCACAAGGAGCACAACAUUUUGAAAUUUUUUGGCCAUUGCAAUGAUAUUGACCGUGAGAUGCGGAAGUGCUUAAAGAAAGAGUAUGAAGAAAACAGGGCCAGGAACCAGGCGAUACGGCGGCAGAUAAUUAAUGCUCACAAGAAUGCAGAGAAGUGAGCUGUGCUGUGCUUGGGCAGCUGCAUCUCAACAGGGACGCUCGGGUGAAAGUUGACAGACUCCUCCUUUCCCAUCACCAAUGCUCAGCCUGUGCUUUGUGAAACGGUGAAAAAAUAAAUGCCCCUAAACCAUAUUCAUUCCCAGGAAGGCAAACAAUGUGGAAAAAGAAUAAAUAAUAAAUAAUCACUCACAACUUAACUUUAUUUUUGACCUCUGAAAAAGCCAACUAUUGUGGCAAAUCUUUGUUCUGGCACAGUUUUGUUAUGAUUGUUAAGUAAUGAGGAAUCUGUUUGUGGAGUAUUGUGUAUUCAAGGCUGCUCUACUCCCUACCUUGUGCUGAGUUGCAUUUAUUGUUUUGUGUUUAGGAGUUUUUUGUUCAUCUUGUAUUUUUUUUUAUUCUUUCAAAACACUGAAUGACUUUUCCAUCACUCUGUGUAGUGUUGUGAUAACACUGCUUAAAUGAAUUAGCAAAAAGAAAUUUUAAACACAUGUGGCUUGAAAUUGGAAAUUACGUAUCAAGUAAUAAUUGGAGCUCUAGUAUUUUUCUUGGAGCUAAAAUGAUGAAACUACCAUCUUCCACCAAGAAGAUUAAAAAUCCUUCCUGCCAACUAUAUGUACAGUGUGAACUGUUCUAAGACAAUUUGUUCAUCAUACCCAAAGCAAGAACAGCCUUAGAAAUUCAGAAUGGAAUAUUUCCAGGGAUUUGCAAAGCAUUGCUUUGAUUUUUGUUGAGUACAAUCAAUGUGUGCUGAGUGAUUUUUUUGAAGAGGAGUUCUGCCAAAAAUACAAGCUAAAUAGUUCUUCCACAUACUCUGGUACAAAGACAAAGUCAAGUUAUGACUGUUGCUGUUGAAGGAAAACCCACAUUGAAGGGAAAGAACAUGUAACUUGCCUUUCAGUUGGGCAAAUCAACUAGUAUUGUGUUAAUCAAGUUCCCUCGUUAGCCUACGAGAGCUGUUAAUUUGCUAUCAAACUGCAGAAAGUCCUGAACAAGGCUCUGAACUGAGAAGAUUGGGUACUAAAACAUACGUUGGUUUGUGCAGUGAUGGAGCUGUUUCUCUGGGUGUCUACUGGAUUCACCUUAUUUUUAAAUGACUUUCCUUUUCUGCCUAGCAACAAAGACUACUUUAAAAAAAAUAUAGUCCUGAAACCUUUUGAAGAAAGGGUGCCUGUUCUACAAUGAAUUCUCUGGUUUGUUGUAAGAACCGUUGUUGACCCUCAAUCUUGAAAUUGGUACGUGAACCUGGUUUUGGAAGAAAGCUGUAUUUUGUGAUCUAUUUUGAAAUAUUUAUUAGAAUAAUUUUACUUAUUUUUUCACUAACUGGAUGGACGCAGUUAAAUUGGUAAAACUUAGCCAGAAAGGUUUUCAAGUGAAGGUUCCAAGAAAAAACGAAUCAAUUGUUUCUGCACGUUUUGACAUGCUCUCUGCUUUAUUAGAGCAAGUAAAUGAUGCGUUAUUUGAAUUAAAUACUUGAGUGGUUGGAAGUGGUGCAGUCUUUUUAUCUAUGCACUUCAGAAUACUUUUGAAGAGUACUUUAUAGUGAAGUUCCCUAACUGGGAGCUCUGCAUCCUUGAUCCCAAUCCUUCAUCCAUUUGUGAUGACAAAAUCUACUUCAGGCAGGCUCUUAAAAAGCUUGAAAUCAUUUAAGUAAAUAAAUAAAUAAAUCGAGAAUUGUCCUAGAGAUUAUGUUGAGAAACUGAUAUCUAAGUGCAAAAGCACUGAAGCUUUUCUUUCAUCACCUUCUGAGUCCAGCUCUUUCACUAGAAUAGCAACAAACCAUGAAUCCAAGAGCCACUUAACACAGCUCGUUAGUCAGAAUCGUAUUUUCAAAGAUCCGUGUCCUUAAUGAAUGAAAGAACAAAUGGUGUGCACAAUUUCUAUUGAUACUUUGAACUACAUUUAGCAAUAAAUCUAUUUUAUGGAUAAA